GUUCUUUGGAGAACAGCUGGUUUAUUCUCCUGCCCUUUAUCUCUCUGGUGUGUCUCUUCAAGCUAAAACAAAUAGUAGGCUGCAGAGAGAUGCUACCGCUUGUGACUGAAGUGGAACCCUGUUGGGCCUCAGUCACCACAGAAACACAGGAAGAGGAAGUUCUGAUAUAAGAAUAUAUCCUCAGUUCAGUCUGACUCUCACACAGUCAGCAGCAAGACAACAUGGAGGUCAGAUUUGCCACCAUCAGACUCUUGAUAAAUGUUCUGAUGCUGUUGGUUAUAGUAGUCGAAUACAGUGAUUCUCAAACAUACUAUUCAGGUUUUCCUCAAGUUGUUCCAAACAAACAGCAGUUCUUUCAAUCAGAACCUAUCAUGAUCAGCUGUGAAGGGCUAAAUGGGCUGAUUGGAUGGAGAGUGAUGAAAAAGACAAAAGGAGAUGUUAGAACAUGUGCUCCACUCUGGAAAACAUCCACUGGACCUUGCAAUAUUAUUAAUGCAUAUCCAUCAACUGACAGUGGAGAAUACUGGUGUGAAUAUGAAGAAAAACAAAAAAGCAACUCUGUCAACAUCACUGUAUCUGAUUUAGAGAGUCAUGUAAUUCUGGAGAGUCCUGUCUAUCCUGUGAUUGAGGGAGAAAAUAUGGCCUUGCAUUGUAGAAAAAAGGAUUCGAACUCCAACUACACUGCAAAAUUCUAUAAAAAUGGCAUCUCCAUUGGGAGCAGCUCAUCAGGAAACAUAAUGAUUCCUACUGUGUCCAAAUCUGAUGAAGGACUCUACAAAUGUAGUAUUGCUGAUGCUGGAGAAUCACCAGAGAGCUGGCUUAACAUCAAAGGUGAGCUAUACCUGUGUGUUUUAAAUAACAGUUGAUACUUUUGUUAAAUUUUGUUUUAGCCGAAACUAAUUAUCAGACAGCUGAUAAUACCUACAACUGUAGCAUUUUGAGACUCAAGGUUUUCUAAAGUCAGAUUUUGUGAUAUUGACUGUUGUUUUUUCCUAGCAGCUCUUAAUUGUUAAUUUGGUUUAUGUAGCAUUUAGAAUAUUGUAAAUGAAAAUAUAUUUGAUUGAACUGGUGAAUAAGAAUCACUUUUCAUUUCAUUUCAAGGACAUGGGCUUUCUCAACCCACCGGACUUAUUGUGCUGCGCUCCCUCGGUCUCAUUUCUUUGUUGGGGACUUUUCUUCUGUCGGUGGGACUGCCACGAUAUUGGAAACAUAAACUGUCAACAGAGGUACUCAAAAAGAAAAAUAAAGUUUUAUAAAUUUUAGAUUUACAUUUCAACUGUUCAGUUAUUACAGACAUCCAUCUUUAAUAACCUUGACACAGUGCUAGUACAUCCACAACUAACUUCUUUUGUCAAAAUUUCUG